AUACUAUUGCCUCUAAUGCACCGGCUCAACGCAAUUCAUUAACACUAAUUCAAGAAGCUGAAUCUAAAGUAACUGAAUAUAAGCAUCUAUUGUCAAGUACUAGUGAUAAGGAUCUUUGGUGCCAAAUAUAUGAAAAAUUAAAAGACACCCGCACUGUUAUUGAAAAGAAAAGAAAUCAUCUUAGUUUAUUUAAACGACAUGCUGUAUCUCAAGAAAAAUAUAGAGAAAAAAAACGAAGACAACUUGAUGAAGAAGGUAUUGUUGAAAUGUUUGACUCAAGAGGACAUCCAUCUGAGUUCCAAAAGAAUCCUGAAUUCAAAUAUUUUCCUACAAUAAAAAUGAUUACUAACCAUAAAAAGUCAUUCCAUUCUAAAAAAAAUCACAAACAUGAUAUGAAUCAAACCUCUAUACAUAAUCUUAAUUCUAUUUUAAUUCCUUUACCAGAAUUUACAUCACCGUAUUUCUCUGCAGAUGAAGUCACUGCAGCGUUAGAUUAUCUUAAUACACAUCAAACCUCUACACAUAACCUUAAUUCUAUUUCAAUUCCUUCACCAGAAUUUACAUUGCUAUAUUUCUCUCCAAAUGAAGUUGCUACAUUGCUAGAUUAUCUUAAUACAUAUCAAAUUCAACUAAGCAAUGCAGCAUUUGUGGAGGACUUUUCUAUUCUACCCUCUACUGAUCCAUUCUAUUUAUCAGAUGUUGAAUCACGGGAUGCACUUUCUGAUACUGAAUAA